ACUGCAAAAAAAACAUAAAAAGCCAUCGACAAGUAAAAAACAAAAACGUUUAAAUAGUUCAUAUAAUAAAAGUACAAUAAAAGCAACUACACUAAAUAUGAUAAAAUUUACCAAAAAUGAACGCAAGUCAUUAACAACAAUGAAAACGCCAACAAUGAUGAUGGUGAUGACGACGUUGUCGUCGACAACAACGUUAACAUUGGCCAUUAUAAUGGCAAUUACUCUAUUCAACAGUAAAAUAAUUACAACGCAAGCACAAGGUCAUAUAUCCGUCGAUGAAGAUUUCUCAAGACUGUUAGGCAAAUGUAAAAUGUUUGAUGAAGAUUUUGAUUCUUGUAUGAAGGAUGUAUUUAAUGAUUUGAGAGCAUAUUUUCCAACUGGGGUACCUGAUUAUCACAUAAAACCUUUUGAUCCGCAUAGGGCCUCUUUUGUGGAGAUACGGCGUGGUGAUCAAAAAGGUUUGGCUGGUUUCAAAUUAAUUCUACGUAAUGUUACGGAGUAUGGUUGGACACAUUCAGAAGUUACCAAAUAUCAUACAGAUCAUGAACAAAAUCGUAUAAUUUAUUCUCAGUAUUUUCCCGAAAAGAGUCUGGAUGGUUGGUAUGAGUUUUCGGGUACAGUUUUUGGUACACCAAUUAAGAGAAAAGGUUUUUGGAAUAUGACUUUAUAUGAUUACAGUCAAACUACCAGCGUUAGACGUUUAGGUGAACCGGGUUCACUCUUAAAAGUUCACAUCGAAAUUGAUCGUAUUGGCGGUUUAAAGAUGCAUAUCUCAGAUGCCCUAGUUCCUGGUCGUGCUAGAUUGGACAAUGUUUCGGAUGGUGUUAUCAAUAGUAUGUGGCAGAUAGGUUUGCCAUUUAUUAAGCCCAUAAUAAAUGAUCUUAUUAGUUCGGCUUUUACGGAUAUAUUUAAUGAAUCCUUUAGGUAUUUCCCAAUGGAUCGUUUCUUGAGAUAUUCAUGAUUUGUGGUUUGGAACAUUUAGUAGUAGUAUUUUAAAUUGUUAUUCAAGUCAUAAUUGUUGCCUUUUUAAAACGACUGUUAUAUUAGUUAGUAGGAAAAAUUUAUGGUUUUUUAUCUAAUCUUUUUUCAAUAAAAUACUCAUUAUGCGAUAGAAUUUAUAAAAAACUAGAUGUUUUUUUUAAAGAAAGAAU